ACGUACCAUUGAGGCUAGUCGGUCAUUGCCAUGUGGCGUGCAUUCAAAGCCUGCAAGGUUAGCCUUCAGUUUAAUACCCCGUCAUAUUAUAUACAUGUACGUUGGACUGGCGUGUCGUUGCACUUAGCUUUGGUUCUUUAUAUAAAAACACUUCCCCAUGAUUCCUGGUGCGAAGCAAGAUUAAUUUUGAACUAUGUACAUGGUGGCUCAAAAAUAAAUAGUGGAGAUAAGUUUGUGGAGCGUGGAACCAGCAACUAGUGACUGAUAAUAAAGACUAGACUUAUAAAGGAACGGAGUUCUCCCUUUUGGUUAAAACACAAAGUAUUAGCAACAUGACGAGCAAGAAGGAAUUGGCAGAACUGGUAAAGGCAGAUCCAACGGCUGUUGAGACUUACAUACCACUGGUUCUUAAGGGGAUAAGAAAUGAUGAAGACGAUCUGAAGAGGAGUGAUGAGUUCGGUGAUGCACUUAAAGGUGCUAUGCUGAAUGAAGUCAAAACAAAGAAAAAUAAAUAUGAGAACCAAAUGGUGGAUGUAUGUCAAGCUUGCUUUGAGAAAAGAACAACCAAGUAUUAUGAGCUCGCCGCUGCGAUGUUUGCAGACAAAAAGAUUAUAAACUGGAAGGAACGCAUCUCAUUGGCGGAGAAGCUGAUCAAAACAUUGGAAGCUCCGGUGAAACUCAUCAGAACUGAAAAGGAUGAUUGGUGGGGCAAGGACAUCAAACCAAGUAGAACUGAAAUCGGCAAGGCAAUGAUGUCAUGUAUCAAAAAAAUGAUGGAAGCAUUUGACCGAGACAAGAUUUUGAAGAAAGUGAGCAAGUUCAUUGUGGAGCUCCUUGCAGUCUUCUUCAAGGCACCAGACGAUUUACAACUUGUUAAAGCAUCGGCUUUUGCCUCAAAUUCAUCUCAUCCCAUUGCCUGGGAGGGGACAGAAAAGAUCCUUGCUGAGAUUUUACGUGUCAUAUGUGCAUGGAUAAAAUCAGAAGAUUUGGACUUGGAGUCUUCAACUGAUGACAAAGCUAAAGCCAUUGUUAGCACAUUACAGUCGUCACUAUCCGGCGCUGGAGCACCAUCAAAAUAUGCGAAAGAGUUGAGUGAAAUAUUCCAGUUUGUGCUGACACAGGAUUUGGACGGUCAACCAUUCACGGGAUGGGGGCUCAUAGCACAGACUAUCUGCUCUGCAUUCGUUAUUAAGCGCUGUGGCACGGCAAGAUUCAUCAAAGACUUCGUCCCAGGUGUGAUGACGAUUCUAAGAGGAGACAACGAGACAUUGAUCACUAUGGCAUCCAGUUGCGUUGCAAGCUUCUAUCAACAAACAGAACUACUCGCACCCUUUGCAGAUGAUGUUAUAGAAGUAUUCUUGACCGGGAAGAGUAUCAACAUUGGCCUGGUUUUGAAGCCACUAUAUGCCGUAAGUCCAGAACCAAUUCUGCGUAGUUUCGACAGAUUAGCUGAGUACACGGAAGACAUGAGUCAAACCAACAAAGUCUACAUAUAUAUGCUAUGGGACGACAUCGCAAAGGAUAACGCCAAGUUAUUAGUGCCUUAUGUCGACCUGAUGAUGGAUGACGCAACAAAUGGCCAACUUUCUCAUCAGGUUCUCACGGUCCUGGGAGGUGUGUCGAUCAAAUUCCCAAAACUCUUUGUCGACAAGAUCGACAAGUUGCUACGAGUGUCCAAACAGACACCACACACCAUCCACGCUGUAGCUAAAGUAGUUGCAAGUGUUGGUCAAAUUGAUGAGAAACAAGCCGACCGUUGCCUCAAAUUAUUCGUAGACAUAUUGAAGACAAUUGACGACAUAUGGAUUAGUACCAUCUUAUUGGAAAUGAAGAGAGUUGGUCGAAAAUACGUAGACAUCUUGAAGAAGUACAGAGCAGAUAUUGAAAAGUUUAAGACAAGCCAACAGAUGGGUGUGCCUGAUCUUGUACAGAGUUUGAUAGACUUUAUGGAAGGCCGGAGCUUGGAAACUCUUGCUGAUGACGUAGAUGAGGUCAAAGAUGACGUCAAGACCUUGGAUACUCGAGUCACCGUGACAGAGGAGAAUGUGGAUCGACUUGAUAAGACUGUUACAGAGCAAGGCCAGGAGAUCGACAAUGUAAAGAACGAGGUUGUGGAACAAGGCGAAAGGCUAGACGAGCUUAAAGAAGUGGUUGACGACACGGUGUUAAAAGUCGAAGAAAUCGAUCAGAAAACAAUUACCAAUGCACCGAAGUGGUCCCGAGACGUCUCCAAGCUUCUCAACCCCGAGCAUGAACACGAUUGGAGGUACCUGGCUAUACGUCUCGGCUUCACUGGAGAAGAUGUCCGUAACUGGGCACUGUCUCCAGACCCUACGAUGUCCCUACUGGCGGAAUGGUACACUGUACAUAAGAGUAGUGAAGCUACGUAUGCUAUACUGACUGCAUUACAGGAUAUGGGUAGAGAAGAUGCGUCCGCCAUAGUGGAGGAAUCAUUGCAAGCUGCAGAUGCUCUGGUACCCAAGGCUGCCCCCGAAAUGUCAGAGAAACCCCCUCGGGUCUUCAUCAGCUACCAAUGGGAUCACCAAGCAGAGGUGAAAGUCAUCAAGGAACAUCUUGAGAAAGCUGGCUUUGGUUGCUGGCUGGAUAUCGGUCAGAUGGGAGGUGGUGAUAGCCUCUUUGCUAAGAUCAACGACGGCAUGAGAGCUGCAAAGGUAGUCCUCUGUAUGUGCACCGAGAAAUACUCCAAAUCAGAAAACUGUAAUAAAGAGGUGAAUCUUGCCAACCUGUUGAACAAGCCAAUCAUUCCUGUACUCAUUGAGAAGACAGCUUGGCCACCAGCUGGCUCUAUGAGUAUGUUGUUUGCUCAGCUUCUCUACAUCCAGCUUUAUAACGACAAGGAAUACAUCAGAGGAGACAAGUUUUGGGGAGACGCAAAGUUUGCUGAGUUACUUGGACAGAUUAGUUACCAUGCUGCUCCGGAUGAAGACAUGAUUUCUGACGAGUAUCGCAACUGGGUGCCCCAGAUUGAUGAUCUUCCUCAAGUUGUCAAGAAAGCAGAUACUCAACCAUCAACCAACUCAUCCACUCAUAACCCAACAUCACAGGAUCAGGUGGAUAAGUUGAUCCCGCAGGUAUUUAUCUCCUACCAAUGGGACAAACAAACUGAGAUCAAGAGACUUUACUCUCGAUUGACAUCACUGGGAUUCAGCUGCUGGCUUGAUAUCCUCCAGAUGGGUGGAGGAGAUCCUCUCUACUCGAAGAUCGAUAAAGGAAUCAGGAAUGCCAAGGUUGUGAUUUCUAGUGUGACCCCAAAGUACGCCCUCUCUGCAAACUGUCGUCGAGAGGUCAGCCUUUCCGAUGCUCUCAGGAAACCCGUUAUCCCGAUCCUCAUGGAGCAGAUGACAUGGCCUCCAGAAGGUCCAAUGAGCAUGCCCUUUGCGCAGCUUCUCUACAUCGACUUCACCAAAGAGUCAACCCAGAAGGAAUUCACCGAUAACAAAUUUGAUGAAUUGCUGGAGAAGCUAAAAGAACACGCAACAGUUGAGGAACUCCUCAUUCAGCGAAAAUUAUCAGCAGAGGAGGGCGAAAAAGAGGAAACACAAGCAGAACAACCUGCAACUAAGAAGCCCUGUCAGACCAUGGAACGGACGGAAGACAAAUCGUUGACAUCUCUCCCGGAUGAAAAUCACCUGGAAGAAGCAGAUCAACCUGAGCGGCCGAGAUUAGCAAGUGACCCUCAGCAUGAGGUAGUUGAACCUGAGAGACCCAAACUGGCUCUUGUAAAGUUCAAAAAAUCUUCGUCCGUCAUUCAGCAACCAGAACGGGGUUGUCAUGAGGAACUACCCGAGGAACAACCUGUAACUAAGAAGCCAAGUCAGACCAUGGAACAGACGGAAGGUAACCCAUUGACACCUUUCCCGGAUAAAAUUCACCAUGAAGAAAUACUAAAGUCUAUAGAUAAACCUGAGCGGCCAGGAUUGGCCAAUGGCACUCAGCAUGCUAAGGUAGUUCAAGCAGAGAGACCCAAAUCUGCUCCUGAAAAGCCAAAGAAAUCUUCGUCUGUUUGUGCAAUUAUCUAAACAAUAAGACAAAGUAGAAUUGAACAACUUUUAAAUGCGCUUGUGUGACUAUUGCCUUUAUUUGAACGGUCAAAGUUGGAACAAAUACUUGUUUUGAAGAUAUUUAUUUUUGGUACUGCACGAAGAAAUGUAGGAAAGAGGCGCCUUUGCGGAAAUUUGUUUCAGAAAUAACAUUGUUUGUCUGCACGAGGCGUGGUUUCAAUGGAAAUGCGGUUCCAUUUACAGGGCUGUGUCAUUAAGCACGGGCAGCCAUUUUGUUUUUCCUACUUUCGCAUCAACGUAUUUUGACGUCAUAUUAUUAAUACUUCUUACCUGGGCCCAAUUUCAUAGAGCUGCUACGCACCAAAUUUGCUUAGCAUUGAAUUUCUUCCUUG